AUGGUGCUGGAAUCAUGGACCGCGAGAAUCCUCCUCGGUCUGGCGACGGCGGUGGUCCUGUACCUCUGGAGGAUCAACAUUCUCAUGACGAGUACCCCGCCUGAGGCUCUGCGAGUAUCACCAAAGCGGUGGUCCCCGGAAGAGAUCAAGCGCACCUUCGAGCGCGUCGAAAAGCAGCCCGUCGAUUGGACGCCACACCUACCACCCAAGUUGGACAGGCGCUACGUUGUUGUAGGAGGAUCCGGUUUGGUGGGAGGGCAGCUGGUGAUUCAACUGAUUGCGCGUGGCCAACCUCCCGAGGCGAUUCGUAUCAUCGACUUCCGCAAGCCUGGACGCGAUGACAUGAGCGAGGGUCCUGUGUCCAGAGUCGGCUUCGCUCAGGCUGACAUAUCCUCGAAAUCAGCAACGUUGGCUGCGUUUUCGAGAUCGUGGCCAGAGUCUGUUGCGCACCUCCCACUGACAGUGUUUCAUACCGCCGCCGUUAUCCGCCCGUCUGAGCGCAGCCCGAUGGUCUAUGACCGAUGCUCUCGUGUCAACGCGACUGGAGCAGCUCACGUUCUCGCUGCUGCCAAGGAGUCUGGCGCCGACGUCUUUGUCUUCACCUCGUCCUGCAGCGUGGCGUUGAAGCCCGUCAACUUCUUCAACGCGCCAUGGAAGCGAUGGCCGACCAACUUCCUGCAGAUUCUCGACGAAUUGGAUUUCUGGAAACCACUCCGUCCUCACCGCGAGUUCUUCGCCAACUAUGCCAAAACCAAAGGAGAGGCAGAGCGUCUCGUCUGCGGCGCGAACUCGAUACCGGAAGAUCCGUUGCAUGACGGAGGAUUCCGAACUGGCGCGAUCCGGCCGGGUAACGCCAUCUAUGGGCACAAGGAUGAUUACCUCGUUGGGGCAACUGUCCGCAUGGCCAGUUUUCCGACAUUUACAGCGCCCUGGAUGCAGAACUGGGUGCAUGGGGCCAACGUGGCGCUCGCGCAUCUUCAAUAUGAAGCGGCUCUUCUCGGCCCCCAUGCGCACAAGGUUGCGGCGCGGCCGUUCCUGGUCACCGAUGGGGGACCGCCGCCUGUGUUCAAAGACUUCUACACACUUGUACAGUCAGUCAGCGUGACGCGUUUCCAUGUUCAGUACCCUCCGCCAGUGCUGUUGCUGCUCCUGGCGCACUGCAUCGAGGCGUACUGUAUGCUGCUUUGGCAUGUACCGGUGUUGCAAAAGAUCUUCUCAGAACCGAGCAUGCCGCUGUACAUGAUGCAGCCUGCAAGUAUAGCCGGCGCCAUCAAUGCUCUCAUCAACGACUCCGAUGCGCGAAGGCGUGUAGAAGACGGCGGGUUGGGUUACCAAGCUAAAUGCACGACGAUGGAAGGGCUUUGCAUGCAGCUGGGAGCUUGGAACCGCUGGGUUCGCAGCGGAGGCGAGAAAGUAAGAAGCGAGAAGGGCCUCUUGAAAGACACGCUCGAAGUAGGUGUUGAGCCAGUUGCGAGGAGGGCAUGA